AUGCAGCUUGGGCACCGCACGCUGCAGUCGUGCCAGUCAAUCGUCUUCAUCAUGGCGCUCAGCCUCACAGAAGAAAAAUCACCAACACCACAGCUGCCGGAAAACCGGUCACCUGAAAUACCUGAGGCUCUGCGACCACUCAGGCCUGCAGAGAUCGAAGAGUGGGAGGGAUGGGUCGAGUUGGAGUCGGAGCCAGCGUUCUUCAACAUCAUCCUUCGGGACCUGGGAGUGAAGAAUGCGAAAGUACAAGAGGUCUACAGCCUGGACCAGGCAUUGAUGGACAUGAUGCCCAAGCCAGUGUUUGGUCUCGUGUUUCUAUUCCAAUACCAUCCGAUGCUCGACGAAAGGGAAGAACAAGAAGAUUCUGAGGAAAGCCCUUGGUUUGCGAACCAGACCAUACACAACGCCUGCGCCACCGUUGCACUGCUCAACAUUGUCAUGAACGCCCCGGACGUCGACCUGGGCCCGCAACUUGAGUCCUUCCGUGAAUCAACCCGGGACUUGAGCACUGCUCUGCGCGGUCAUCGCCUCAGUUCCAACGAGUUCAUUCGGAACCUGUCCCUGGAGAAUGAGGCGAGAGCGCCCAAGGCGAAGAAGUCACGGGCGAAGGCAGCGCCCAAGAAGCGGAAGCCCAAGAAUCUGGAUGACUAUGCUUUUCACUUCGUCGCAUAUGUGCCAUGGCAAGGACACGUCUGGGAACUAGAUGGGCUACAGACAAAACCUCGCAAACUGGACGACUGGACAACAGUUGCACGCCCCGAAAUCGAAGCUCGCAUGCUACAGUACGAGGACAGCCAACUCCAGUUCAGCCUCCAAGCUCUGUGCCAAAACCCUUUGACUGUCUACGGCGCACGAAUAGCCGAGGGGCUCGCAUCACUGCAAGCCAUUGAGACCACAGCUCGCUCGCGACAUGCAACGUGGCAACCCCUCUCCGCGCUAGUGUCUGAGGAGGAGCUGCCGUCUUUCCUCGCGGAUCUCCGGCUUGACGCGGAUACCACGGAGAGAGCAUUCGUACCGCAAGCUGUCCACAACCGCCUGGAAAAAGUCGCAACAGAUGACGAAGCGCAGCUACUGUACGAAGAGGUCGCCACGGAGACGAAAGCCACUAUUGGCGAGUAUCAGGCGGAGCUCCUGUCGAUGGCCGAGGAUGAACAGCGCGUCAAAGGACGGAGGAAAAACUACGGACCUGCGCUCCACAGAUGGGUCACGAAACUAGCGGAGAAAGGUCUUCUGGAGGGCAUGAUAUCCUCAUGA